AGCGCAUCCACUUCCGUUUACAAAAUGCCGGUCGAAGAUUUGGAAGAAGAGGGUCUGGCCAAAAACCCUAAUUUUGAGCAUGCUCAAUGGAAAUAUCUGCUCGGAACGAGCAAAUACAAGCACGAUAAAGAUCUACGACGAAGACUAUUAGAGGCCAUUGAAUCAAAUAGUAUGGCACCGUUCUAUGAGGAAGUGUGUAAGGAACUACAAUGGAAGUGUGAUGAGACUUUGUUAAAGAAAAUGCAAAAGAUAAAUGAAACAGAACUUAAAGCAUUGGAUGUGUCAAUAGAGGAUGCAGAGACAAACCUGGGAGAAUCAGAAGUCAGAGAAUUUAUGUUGAAAAAGGCAGAAUAUUUAUGUAAAAUUGGAGAUAAGGAAGGGUCCUUAGCACAGUUCCGUAAGACUCAAGAAAAGACAGUUACCCUUGGAUACAGACUGGACCUGGUAUUUCACCUGAUCAGGAUGGGCCUGUUCUAUAUGGACCAUGAUCUCGUUACCAGGAACCUUGAAAAGGCUCAAACUUUGAUAGAUGAGGGUGGAGACUGGGAUCGACGUAACAGACUGAAGGUAUACCGAGGUGUGUACUGUAUGUCCAUACGGGACUUUAAGAAGGCUGCUGGCCUUUUUCUGGACACAGUUGCAACCUUCACUUCGUAUGAGCUGAUGGACUACCAAACUUUCGUAACCUACACAGUUUUCUGUGGUAUGAUUGCUCUGGAACGGCCACAACUUAGAGAAAAGGUUGUCAAAGGAUCUGAAAUAUUGGAGGUAUUACACAGUUUACCAAAAAUCCGCACCUACCUGUUUUCUUUGUAUGAUUGCCAGUAUGCAGAAUUCUUCAGAACGUUAGCCCAAAUGGAGGACACAAUGAAGUAUGACCGGUUUCUGGCUCCCCAUUACCGAUACUAUACACGCGAGAUGAGGAUUAUUGCCUACACACAGCUCCUGGAAUCAUACAGGAGUCUGGCCCUUGAUUACAUGGCUGAUGCAUUUGGAGUUUCUGUAGAAUUUGUUGACCAAGAGUUGGCUCGUUUCAUUGCUGCUGGCCGUCUACACUGUAAGAUUGACAAGGUGAAGGGCAUUGUGGUGACAAACAGACCGGACAACAAGAACUGGCAAUACCAGGCUACUAUAAAACAAGGAGACAUCUUAUUGAAUCGAGUACAGAAGCUGAGUCGUAUCAUCAACAUCUAAUGACUAGACGUAUCCCAGGAAGUGCUUAACUCAUCUCUGUAGGACCAUGAACAUGUGAUUUAUAUUGACAUUAUACCAUGUGCUGUUAACAGUGAUAUCAUCAUAGGUCUCUGUAUAGGAUACAGAGUUGGCAAAGAUGGCCAUUAUUCAUUGUUUGUACAGUGUAUCACA